UCCCUUUGUAGCCAGCCAGCGCUACACGCUCGCAGCUGACGCAGCAGCAGCAGCAGCAGUUAACGGUGGAGCUCCUGUGGACAACGAGUCGUUAUUAGGGUUUAGUGGUUAUUAUUUACAAUGAAGAAACUAACAUGGGCUCCGUCCUGACAGGGUCCACAUUGUGAUCGAUGACGAUCUGUGGCGGAGUCGGUGACUGACAUGGACGCUGGUGACAUUAAGGAUGUGAAGCUUUCACCUGAAGUGGAACCAUUUAUCCCACAGAGGAAAGGUUUUGAAGGAUCACUGGUCAACAUGAGUCUCACCGGCGAGGCGGGUGGCGGAGGAGGGGGUGUCGGCAUAGGAGGAGGCAGCGGAGGGGUGGAGACGGCACCCAUACCCAGCUAUCUCAUCACCUGCUACCCUUUCGUCCAGGAAAACCAACCCAACAGGCAGCACCCUAUGUACAAUGGAUCGGAGCUGCGCUGGCCGCAGCCUAACCCCAGCCCUGGAGGUCCAUACCUGGCCUACCCCAUCUUGUCUUCCCCACAGCCUCCCGUCUCUAACGACUACGCUUACUACCAGAUCAUGCCUGCACCAUGUCCUCCUGUGAUGGGCUUUUACCAGCCCUUCCCUGGGACAUAUGCAGGUCCAGUGCAAGCUGGAGUGGUCAGUCCUGUGUCAGCGGAUGUCAAUGAAAGGCCUCUGCCACUAGGGCCUACUUAUGGUAUGGCCAGCCAGAGAGGGAGAGGCAUGCCCCGAUCUAAUGUUCUUACCAAGCAGUCGCAUUUGGCUGUUUGCCAGCCUCCCAGAGGUCAUCGGCCCCCAACUAGAAACGUAGCCGUGCAGAAGGAGGUGCGCACAUUAACACCUGAUGGUCGGACCAAGACUGUUAUGUUGGUGGAUGCAGCACAACAGACUGAUUUCCCAGGUGAGGUGACGGCGCGUUACACUGCCGAGCAGGUCAGUCCACAGAUGUGGAAAAACCGAACAAAGAGAAGACGGGCCUCUCACCCAGCCGAAGGCUACAACGAGCAGGGCGCCAGUGAGGCGGACAUAGACAGCGACAGUGGCUACUGUAGUCCCAAACACAACCAGGCGGCUGGAGGGACGCAGCGAACCCCAGAGAACACAAACACACCAAUGGGAGUAGAAAUGGGUGUGGUGACAGCAGGGACCUGGGUAAAUGUAGCAUCUCAGGCGACCCCAAAGUUCUGGAGGGACAGAAAUGCCCAGUACCACCGAGCGGAUCAGAGGAAGAUUCCUGAGCAGAGAACCUCAUCUCAAGACUUCCACAAUAGCUAUUUGGGACGUAUGACAUCCAACCAGUCAGAACAAAGGAUCCAGCCAGCAGCGGUCACCGGCAAUGAUCUCACUCCAGAGCCACUUUACUUUGAGGAUGAGGAUGAGUUUCCAGAUCUUGCCGCUGGAGGGCCUGUCCAGCGCAGCAGUAAACCUGAACCCGCAUCUGCUCAGACACACUCUCAACCUAAACUGCCUAAAAAUCUGCUGGAUGACCUACCAGAAAACUCUCCAAUCAACAUUGUGCAGACACCCAUUCCCAUUACUACCUCUGUACCCAAGAGGGCUAAGAGCCAGAGAAAGAAGGCUCUGGCAGCUGCCCUGGCCACUGCCCAGGAGUAUUCUGAAAUCAGCAUGGAGCAGAAGAAAUUACAGGAAGCAUUCACCAAAGCAGCAGGGAAAAAGAGUAAAACCUUGGUUGAGCUUGACUUGGGAGACAUGCUGGCUGCUUUAGAAAAACAACAGCAGGCUAUGAAGGCCAGGCAACUCACAAAUACAAAGCCACUGUCUUUUACAGUUGGAACAACCACUCCAUUCCACAGCUCAGGCUCCACCAACGUGCCGUCCAUGUUGAGGGGUCACCAGCAAGCCAUGUCGGCCCCACACAAUGCUUUAGAUUCCACUGCACCACGAGUGAAGAGGGGGAAGGAGAGAGAAAUUCCCAAAGUGAAACGCCCUACAGCUCUUAAAAAGAUUAUCCUAAAGGAACGUGAGGGGAAGAAAGGAAAGUCAUGUGUAGAACAAGAGUCUGCAGGCCAUGAGGAGCAUGGAGAUGAGUGCCUCCAGUUUACAGAUGAUCUGUCGCGUGAGCCUGCCUCCCAGGAAGAAAACGGCUUGAGCGUGCCCAGCGACGGGUCCCUCUCCCCGGCCAGCCAGAACUCCCCUUACAGCAUCACCCCGGUGUCACAGGGUUCUCCAGCCAGCUCUGGAAUCGGCAGCCCGAUGGCUUCAAACGCCAUCACCAAGAUCCACAGCCGACGUUUUAGAGAGUACUGUAACCAAGUACUGAGUAAGGAGAUCGAUGAAAGCGUGACUCUGCUGCUGCAGGAGCUGGUUCGCUUCCAGGAGCGGGUCUACCAGAAGGAUCCCACCAAAGCCAAAUCUAAACGUCGACUGGUCAUGGGCCUCAGAGAGGUCACCAAGCAUAUGAAGCUGCAUAAGAUUAAGUGUGUCAUAAUUUCUCCCAACUGUGAGAAGAUCCAAGCCAAAGGUGGUUUGGAUGAAGCUUUGUACAAUGUGAUUGCCAUGGCAAGGGAGCAGGAGAUCCCGUUUGUAUUUGCCUUGGGCAGAAAAGCUCUUGGACGCUGCGUUAACAAGCUGGUGCCUGUUAGCGUUGUGGGGAUUUUUAACUAUUCUGGGGCUGAGGGGCUCUUCAACCGUUUAGUGUCACUGACAGAACAGGCGAGGAAAGCCUACAAGGACAUGGUGUCUGCUCUGGAGCAGGAGCAGGCAGAAGAGGCUCUUAAAAAUGACAAGAAGGUCCCACAUCACAUGGGCCACUCACGCAACCACUCUGCUGCUUCAGCCAUCUCUUUCUGCUCAAUAUUCUCUGAGCCUAUCUCAGAGGUCAAUGAAAAGGAGUAUGAGACGAAUUGGAGGAGUAUGGUGGAAUCCUCAGAUGCGCUGGAGCCUGUAGAGACGGAGCCAAGUCGCCCUACAGCUUCUACAGCCUUCCAGAAUAAUAAUAGUGAAACGCCAGCAGCAGCCGCCACCAGCACCACCAACAGCAGCGUCCCUCCCAGCUCCACAGCUCCUCAGCCCAGGGUAGGCCCCGCGAUGCAAGGUACCGCGGACAGAGAUGAAGUCCGAGCUGACGACCGGCUCGAGCUGGCUUCUCAAAGCACAGAGACGGGCUCGUUGGAUGGGAGCUGCAGGGGGCCACUGACCUCCUCCAUCACUUCCACCACUUCAACCCUGGUGCCGGGGAUGUUGGAAGAGGCAGAGGAAGAGGAUGAGGAGGAGGAAGACUAUACUCCUGAACCUAUUUCUGUCGAAGUACCCACUCUGAGCAGUCGCAUUGAUUCCUGGGUGUCGAAGACCCUGGAAAACCUGAACCUUGGAAAAAGCCAAGAAAGUACAGAGGAGGAGGAGGAAGAGGAUGAAGAGGACAGGGAGCAGAGCGGCGAUGAGGAUGAUCUGGACUCAGCAGACAUCACAGAGCCGAACAUGGAGGAAAAAGCACAAGUGGAAGCUAAAAAAUCCACAGUCUGAAGCCACUCCACUGUUUUCUCUCUACAUGCACUGAUUAUUUUUGUCCUCUGUCGCUCCCCUCGUACCUCUUCAUCCCUAUUUGUCCUCUGUGUCUGACCCCUGACACUAGGCAUUAUCUCAGGAAUCAACCACUUGACCAACAUUCACACUCAUUGUAGAAAAUCUGACCAGCUUACAGACCAAACAACUCCUAACACUACAAGGAUGCCCUCACUUCCUCACCCCAGAACCUGCAACACUUGAAUCCAGAGGGAAACUGGAUUUGUUUUUCAUACACCUCUGAAGCUGAACUCUUUUUAGAGACUUUUUUUCUGGGAGCAAGUGAUGAGUGAUCUGGAGUUUGGGAAUAUUUCUUCAACCAGAGCUCUGAAGGUUUACAGCUCUGCUUGUAUUUGUCUGUGUAUGUGUUUGCUUUACAGAGUCAUGCUUUAGAUUUACUUUGCUGUUUAUUGACUUUAUAUAUAUGAUUUUCUUUUGUUGCGUUCAUUCUUUUAUUUUUGUUUAACAGAGGGAGAGACUUGCAUUUAUUAACUACUCGGUUUGUGUCAUUUGCUUUUAAAGUGUCAGGGGUUUUGUGUUUGAACCAAAACAGCUCCCAUCCAUCAGUCUCCACAGAGUGUUCUUAAUGUCUAAACAAUGAGUGUCUCAUCCUGUAUCUAGAUGAUUUGAAUAACUUUACUUCUAAGAAGGAAAAUACGAUUAAUGAAUAUAACCUCGUCUUGGUGGUUUUACUAAAGCAUUUAAUGGUCUGUCUUAUUGAUCUUGCCUUGUGAAAGUAUUAGAGGUUUUCCAAUGAAUUGGAAAUGUAAAAUCCCUGAUCUGUGCUUCAUAAAGAAAAAGGACAUGCUCCUUAUUUGUUUUCUGCAGUGUUUUUUUUUUUUUCCCCCAAUGGAAAGUGAGUAUCCACACACAUCUUGUAUGAUAAACACUGAGAUUUGUUUCACAUUUAGAAAUGCAUUUUACAAGUGUUUUGGGGAAAUAAAGGCCAGCUUUACCUUCUUUCUCUGAAAUGUAUGUUUUAGCCGUUUAAGAAUUAAGAUCCAGAGAAGCAGGCAAGUGUUUACUGGUAACUGUAACGUUUAAUAAAUCCCCAAAUAUCACUUUCUGUUAAGACCUGAAAGGAAUCAUCGUGGAGCUCUUCUAGAUUUGAUAAGCGGGUUUUGUUUUUUUGGGGGGUUUUUUUCAAAGGCGCCCAACUACACUCAUCAGUGAAGAUGAGAAGUUACCAGUCUAACACAAAUUCAUAUUCUUGUAAAUACAUGUGUAAAAGGAAAAAAAAAAGAUUGAGUUUUAUUAAAAAACACAAUCAUCCCGUUUUUAAGCCAUUUAAUACUUUGAACAUGUAAACAGUUGGAAUCCAAUUUGAUAUUGGUAUUUGAUAAAUGAAUCAGACUAUUAGAGGUGUAAAUGACCAGUGUGUGAGGCCAUAUACUUCAUGCUUUAAAUUAAUGAAAGUAUUUCUGGUUUAAUUAAAGGUACGCUGAGUGAGUGUGUGCGUAAUGACUUCCGUCAAAGUGUUUGAUGUGGUAAUUGAAAGCUAAUGUGUUUUUCUUUUUUUUGCACUAUGUAAAUACAGUACCAGUAAAAGUCUUGUAAAAUGUGAAACAAAAAAAGGAGAGAAAAAAAAACGGUUUGAUGAAGUAAUUCUUUUUUGAGUGUGUUGUCUUUCUAUGGAUAUUUAAAACCAUCUCCUUCUGACUGUACUUCACUUGUAACAUUGUUGGAGGCUGUUUCUCAUAAUCAUGUUAACUCUCAAACUAUAUGGACUGAUGAUUAACAUCAUUAAAAUAUUGUUUAGGUAAGUUA